AAUAAUUAGUCGUUUUAGAGGUUAAAGAACAGUUAUACAACAUCGUCGGAGGGAAAUCGGAGAUACGUUAUGCGGUCGGUACCGACCUGUUAACGUGCGCCUGGGAGUGAGCUGAGCAGAGCAGGUUGAGGUGGUGGGUCGGGGCGGCCGGAAUGGCAAAGACACCGAUAGGUUGUGAGCCGGUGGUGGGAUCGCUUACGCCCUCGAAGAAGAAAGAGUACAGGGUCACCAACAGGCUCCAAGAAGGCAAACGCCCAUUGUACGCCGUCGUUUUCAACUUCAUCGACUCUCGUUACUUCAACGUCUUCGCUACCGUCGGUGGCAAUCGAGUGACUGUAUACCAAUGCUUGGAAGGUGGAGUCAUCGCUGUGCUCCAGUCUUACAUUGAUGAAGAUAAAGAGGAAUCCUUUUAUACUGUCAGCUGGGCAUGCAAUGUUGAUGGGUCUCCAUUCUUAGUUGCUGGAGGACUCAAUGGAAUUAUCCGUGUUAUUGAUUCUGGAAACGAGAAGAUACACAAGAGCUUUGGUGGACAUGGAGACUCAAUAAAUGAAAUUAGGACUCAAGCGCUGAAACCAUCACUUGUUGUGUCUGCAAGCAAAGACGAGUCAGUUCGGUUGUGGAAUGUUCAUACUGGAAUAUGCAUUUUGAUAUUUGCUGGUGCUGGUGGUCAUCGCAAUGAAGUCCUCAGUGUGGACUUUCAUCCUUCUGAUAUAUAUCGCAUUGCUAGCUGUGGGAUGGAUAAUACUGUUAAGAUCUGGUCUAUGAAAGAAUUCUGGCCUUAUGUGGAGAAAUCAUUUACUUGGACUGAUCUUCCAUCCAAGUUCCCCACAAAAUAUGUACAGUUUCCUAUGUUCAUAGCUUCCAUCCAUACGAACUAUGUUGACUGCAAUAGGUGGCUGGGCAAUUUUAUCUUGUCGAAGAGUGUUGACAAUGAGAUUGUAUUAUGGGAACCGAAGAUGAAAGAACAGUCUCCUGGCGAGGGUACGGUUGACAUCCUUCAAAAGUAUCCUGUCCCAGACUGCGACAUAUGGUUCAUCAAGUUUUCGUACGAUUUCCAAUACAAAGCAGCAGCUAUAGGGAAUAGGGAAGGGAAGAUCUACCUUUGGGAUCUGCAAACCAGCCCCCCUGUUCUAAUUGCGAGGCUGUCCCACGUUCAAUCAAAAUCUGCAAUCAGACAGACUGCUGUGUCGUUUGACGGGAGCACCAUUCUUAGCUGCUGCGAAGAUGGAAUUAUAUGGCGCUGGGAUGUGGUCUCAACUUCUUGAGUGGCUAAGAUGUUUUGCUUGUAGGUUGUGUGCACUUAUGGAGUUUAUGUAGUUUUUAUUUAUACCCAUUUUGCCCCCCUCCCCCAUCUUCGCCUCGAGGGAUGUAACUAAUCCGGUUGAGUAAUUUCUAUGAGAUCGUUUCUAAUAUCGUGUUUAAAAGAGUUGUCUUUUAUGAUAUUGGGUUCUUAUAGUGUUA